AUGGCCGUUAACGAGCAGUUUUUGCGCUUUGCAAGUGGCAAUGAACAGCGCUCAAUAAGCCGCGAGGACUUGGGCUUCUAUCAUGCUGUGAUUGUCGGCGCUUUUUAUGAACUUGGAGACGACGUGGAUGCUUAUUCACCAAGUUCGUAUUACCAACCACUUCGACAAUGCAUUGAAGAGCAUCGAUAUCUCCGCGUCGCAAUUGGCGAUGCGCAUACCGACAAGGCAUUUUACCACCACGUCUUGGACAUCCACUUGGAACAACACGUCGUCAUUGCUGAUCACACCACGUCCAGUGACGAUUUGAGCGGCAUGCAGAAAGUGCUAGCAGAUGAUCUAGACAAGCCAUUCCCAAGCGGUGUUCCUCCAUGGAGGAUCACUGUCCUCCCACUGCGGACGGGCUGCUUCAUUGCCUUUUCUUACUCACAUUCUAUUGGAGAUGGCUGGACAGGGGCUGUGUUUCACCAUACCUUUUUGAACGCAUUCAGGAAAUGUCCAACAUCCUCAAGAUUGGUAGAUCCCUUGGUCCAAAUACCUCCAAGGCCGCUACCCCCACCGUUUGAUACGCCUGACAGAUUGCCCAUAUCUUGGUCAUACCUUAUUGCACCCCUCGUUGCGAUGAUUUUGCCAACAUUUGUCACAAAGUUACUGCGGCUGCGAGUUUCUGUUUCUGCCGUCAACACAAGCACUUGGACUGGCUCACUAUCCCGUUUCAAUGCAGAGACUCAUCGAACCAAGGUUGCGGUAUAUGAAAUCGAAGAACAUAUUCUUAGUUCAGCAAUGAAUGCAGCAAGAGACCACGAUGCCAAGUUGACUGCAACUUUUCAUGGCAUUGUUAGUCGAGCACUGAGCAGGGCUCUCCCCGAUCCCAAAUACACAAACUUUGCUUCUCUCACGGCUGUGAAUAUGCGGAGAUCCAUCGGUAUUCCAUUUGACGAAAUGGGUAAUUUCGUAUCAGGCUUGUAUAUGAUCCAUCCGCGCGACGACAUACGUGGUGAUAUUUCCGAUGACUUCUGGGCUGCUGCCCGCGAGAAUACUCACAAGCUCAUGGAAGCAGCUUCAGCACUUUCAGAUCAACCAAUUGGCUUACUUCGCUACUUAUUCAGCAUCAGGAAUUAG